AUGAGUUCUUCAUCAUCAUCAUCUUAUAAAACAGCGAUUAAACAGCUUAUGGCUCGUGUUCAAACGAAUCCUAACGACACAAAUUCAAUCAAUCAAUUAAAUACAAUAAUAGAACAAUUUCUUCAAAGUUAUCGUUUGAACGGGCUAUUUUCUGAAUGUUUACAAUUUUUAAUUCAAAUUGUUAAACAAUUAAUUGAAAUCUAUCCAAGCAUCAACGAUUUUCGGCCACUGAUCAUUCAAUGGUUGAAAUUCAAACGCGAUGUUGAAAAGAAGAAUAAAGAAUUUUUCGACAGCAAACUAAAAUUACGUUCGUUUCUUCAUGUCGCUGUUCCUUCGACAUUCAAUCGAACAAUAUCGAAAGCAAAAGAUUUCUUUCUUUGCGAACUUUAUGAAUAUCGAAACGCAAAUAUAAAAUCAACACAAAUGAUCGAUGAACGUCGUGCGUUAGUUUGUUCACUGCACGAACAAUUCUAUGGCGAUGGUUCCGAUCAUUUUCUCUGCGCAAGAAUCUUACUCGAACGAAUCAAACUUGAUCUAGCAAAUGGAAAUGCUCUAGAUACUGAUGAUUCGAAUAACUUAGCUAAUCAUCUCCGGAAAUGUUCACCAUCGUCAGACGAUAUUCAUGGAAUAGUGCAACGUCUUUGGCUCUAUACUGAAUAUUAUUUGAUAAAAUUUCAAGUUUGUUAUUCGAAAUUAACGAGUGACAUGUCGAAAAGAAUCAAACAAGAUUAUGAAGAACAAAAACGACAAGCCGCUGAGAACAAUGCGAUCAAUCAACUUGAGACAUUUCAUGCCGAAUCAAUGACAAUGGAAGCUCAUAAAAUCUUAGGAAAUUUUUCAGAAAAGUCAAUUAUGUCUACAUUAUUCAAAAGUUGGGAUAUGAUCAAAUCGAAAUCAUCAUCUGUAUAUACAAUUGAAAUCCUCAAACGUGUGGCAACCAUCUAUCCAAAUGAAAUCGAUAUGUUCUAUUCAAAUCUUCACACAAUCGCUGCUCUGUUUGAUCUAUUUCAAUACUACACAGAAGCUAUGGAAAUCUAUCGAUAUUUACUCGAUCUUCUUCCAUCGUAUCAUCCGAGCCGAUUGACUAUUCUCACAGCAUGCAAUCGUCUAGCGAACAAGUGUUCAAUCAGUCUGGAAGACAAAUAUAGACCUGUACUUAAUCUUUCAUCCCGUGAUUACCCAAAAGCGACAACACAAAUUUCCGCAUUUGAUGUGGAUGAAGCACUAAAUUUAAUCACCAUCGCUGAGAAUUUCUUACACAUAAAGAAUUUUCAAUCAUGUAAACAAACGCUGGAGAUUCUGGAAAAACGACCGAUUGUUUCCUGUUCAUAUGCAGAUAGUUUUUUCGUACGUUCACAUCUCUAUAAUCUUCAAUCAAAGCUUGUUUUAAAUGAUGACGAACAAUUGAAAGAUUUCAAUCGAAAUGAUUUUCUUGCGCUAAUCGAAGAAAGUCGAUCGUACUGUGCACAAGAUUUGCGAACAUCUUUAGAUAUUGUCGACGUCAAUCGAUUACCAGAACUAUCACAGUUACAAUUGACUCCAUUAGUGCUACAUGCACUCCAAGCUUAUCUAUCUCAAGUAGCACACUUGAUUCUACUCAAUUUUGAAAUUGGUCUUUACCGGAACGCGAAAAACUACCUACUAGUCGGUUUGGAACUAUCCGUUUAUUUACACGCGAAAAGAUGUAUUAUGAAAUCAAUUAUCUCAUCACUUGUCCACCUUAGAUACUAUGUGAAACUCGAAUAUGAUUAUCAUACUCAUGCAUACGAUCGAAUACGAACAGUGUGUGAAACAAAAUUAUCUGCUGAAUAUGAACGACACCAUCUCGCAUUGGAUUGGCACCGAUUGCUUUAUCAUCGAAUGCAUAUUCUCUAUCGGUUGACAUGUUUUCAACAAUUACGUAAAAAGAGUAAAUCAAACGAAAAUAAAAAACGGUUGAUUUGGAAACUUCCGUCGAAUUCUGAUAAAUAUACUGAAUUCACCUUUUGGACAGAAUCAUGGUUGGCAUUCCUCACACUCAUUGAAGAUCAACCACAUGAAAUUCUCGAUAAAUCAUCUCUAUGGCUUCAUCCAAUCAUUGUUCCUGAUGAAUCAAAUCUAACUUGUCUACCAGACUGGACACCGGCCAACGACGAACAACAUCAGUACCAGUCACAACAAGCAGAUAGUAAAUGGAAUAAUAUUCUGUCACCACCACAAGUCAAUACAGGACACCUAUUCGAUUUGAAUUCUAUGUCAACAGAAGAUAUUCUCGCAUUGACUACAGAACCUGUCUUACCGAAAACCAAAACAAAGAAACUUAUCGAUACACCUCGAGGAAAAACACCAUUUCACUCGGAAAGUCAAAAAAUGUUAUCUACACCGAACAAAACAUCAUCAGCAUCGUCUUCAUCUUCAACAGCAUCGAAUCUCAUGAGCACAUUUCGAAAUAAGAUGCCUAUCGAUACAUCUUUAGCAUCUCCAAUUUGUACGCCUAAUCGUACGGGAAAAAAGAUUCCACCGUUGACAGUUGCCAAUAGUAAUACAUCAUCAAGUCGACCAAGACGUGCAGCAGCUAUUAAAGCUGAUGAACGUAUUCAACAAAUCCGUUAUGAAGACAACAAUGAAAACACGCAUCGAAUACCGACGAGUCUACAUUCGCCACGGUUACGUUCCGUCAAUCAUGAUGAGAAUAAUGAUGAACCCGUGGAUGUCUUAGUCGAUCAACUGGAAACAUUGCAUAUCGAACGAAAACUCAAAUUUGACGACGAAGACGAUGAAGACACGAAUUCAUCCAUGAAAUUGAACGAAAAGCUUUUACAAAAAUGUAUUCAGUUGCACGAUCAGUUAGCUCAUGCUCCCAAUGCCAAACUAAUGCGUUAUUUAGCUGAAUAUAUCAUUUUAUUAUCCGGUGACCAAGAUCCUUGGCUUGUUGUUACACUAAUUGUAGAAAUGCAAGCAAUCGGUUUUCGAUAUAAUGCACUUUGUAUAUACCAAAGAAAAAAACGUCAUAACACUGAUCGAAGUGGUACACCACUACCAUCUGCCACUAAUGCUUCUCAAGAACAUUUAUCUCAUUAUAUAGACGCUUUACAUUUUCGUCCAUUGACAAUAUCGUACUUAAAAGAUGUUUUAAUCAAUGAUUUUUUACCGGCCAAGCAAGUUUGUGUAUGUCUUCAUUCAUUUACACUUGUUCACGAUCAAAUACUUGCGGUACAAAUUCGCGGUAAUUACUAUGCGCCUGUUCUACGACGUGUAAUCUUUCCAAGAUUAUUAAUAAAGAAAUUUCACUUUCUGAUCGAAUCGAACACGCAUACUUUACACGGAAUCACCGAUCACAAACGCUAUUGGGCGAUAAGAAGAUAUUUUGAACAAUUGUUCGAACGCUUACUUGAAGAUUUGAAUCAAGUGUAUCUAACAUCGCCAAUGAGAUGGUGGUGGCUGCCAGAAACAACAAUUUUCGAUGGAAAGAAAGCUAUGAUCGACGAUCUCCUGUCUUCAAUGAUAGAUUCACCACAACAACGUCGUUUUAUUGAAUUUUUUCUUCAUCAAACCAUCUUCUAUCUAUCUUCUCUGGACGAAAUACGUCAGGAACUUUCCGUAAAUCUUCCUCCAGCGGUUUACACACGUAUUUUCGCGAGCCGCUUAAUCGAACGUUUGCUCGAAUUCAAACAACGUACUUACACCAAUACAUCACCAUCAAAUUCUCGUCCGCCGCAAAAUCUUCUUCUCUUUCUCGACAAUCAUUUGCACAUAUUUCCUUGGGAACAAUUGCAUUGUAUGACAUCACUCUUCCGUCGAAUUGUUAUCUAUCGAUUGCCAUCACUACUCUUACUGGAUGGUAUGCAUAAAUACUAUUAUAAUUCAUCGUCAUCGUCGGAAGCGGACCGAACAGCACAUGUCGAGAACAAUGAUGUGACGAUAAUUCCGACGGAGAAGACAUUUUACCACCAUAUUGAUGUCGAUAAAGGUUAUUACAUAGUUGAUCCGGGAAAUGAUUUACCUCGAACGAAAGAACGUUUUCGUAAGUUUCAAAGUGAAAAACCUGAUUUAAUUGAAAAAUGGAACGGAGUGAUCGAACGUUUCCCAACCAAUGAUGCAAUUAAAGACAUAUUCAAAUCCAAAGAUGUACUUCUAUAUAUGGGUCAUGGUUCUGGUAGUCAGUUUUAUCCGGUUGAUGAUGUACAAAAGAAUUCCUCUCGUUUAUGCGUUCUAUUGAUGGGUUGUUCAAGUGCACGUUUACAAUCUUUGGGUGAUUUUGAAGUGUUUGGAAUGCCAUUUGCUUACUUAACAUGCGGCGCUGCAACGAUUCUCGGAUGUCUAUGGGAUGUUACGGAUCGAGAUAUCGAUAGUUUGACGUUCUUUUUACUUGAACAACUGAAAUCAGGUGCAUCACUCGGUGAAGCAUUACGAUACGGUCGUGAACUUUGUAAAUUGAAAUGUUUAAAUGGUGCUGCGCCGGUGAUUUAUGGUUUACCUGUACGAGCGCGUUAG